ACACCCCACUAUAUUCACUUUUCCAUCGAAUAAGAUACUGUUGAAGAAAAUUAAAGCAGUUUUAAUGCCCUAAACGAUUGCACACACAAAAAAACACAUCAAUGUAAAAUCAAUACAUUCAUCGCUCUGCUCACAAUAAAAAAAUGUGUCUCACGCAAAACAAAUAAUUUGUGUGUGAAUCUUAAGUUUGAAAAUACUAAGGAACAUGAUGCAUUUUAAGAAUAAAAGAAAUCGGUACUACUGGAAGUACAAAGUUAAGGUAUAAAUUGAUCAAUUAAGUACGAAGCAGUCGAUGCACUCGAUUUCAAUUUUUUAUGUGCUAAUGUGAUUUUUAUAGUUAUUUGUACCUAUAACCACAGAACAACUAUUAAAAAAUAAAUAGUGAACUAUAAUUGUAGUAUAACAUUUUGUAAGUAAACAUUCAAUGUUUUGGUCAUUGACUUGCGGUCUGCGACGCUAUCAUUUAUUAUCAGUGUUUUCUUUUAACAAUGAUAAGAUUAACGAUUUUUUUGUACUAUGUACAAGAACGCGACACGAAUUUGGUACGAGGAGUGAGGACUGAGGACAAAAGUCAAUACUCAAUCGCUAUGAAUUCUCAUUUAUUCAGUCUUCCUAUUUUGUACAACUUAAAACAAUUUAAAACGUAAUUUUACGAAUAAUAUAAUAUUUCCAUAUACAGAAAUAUACCUGUGUAAACAAAAAAAGACUAAACAUAGACUGUCUUUUAAAGCCUCAUAUAGUCAUAGACUAGACAACAACUGUAAUAAAAUUUAUAAUUUAUGGUAUUUAAAAUCUCGAGAAUUCGAUGAAAAGAAUUGUUGACAUAGGCUAGUUGCAAUACUGUAAGGAAUAUGGCAAGUAAUUACAGUCAAGAUGGGCAAAUUCCAAUUCCACCUCGCAGAACACGCUCGAGUACUUCGGAUAAAGUACCCUAUGUAGUUGAUGUGGUGGCCGAAAGAUGUAUUGUGCCGGCUAUGGAAAGAAUGUCACGAAGGGAGCUCAAUAUGGGAGAAAGUAUAUCACCUUUAGAUCGCCUAAGAAACAAUGUAGACAUGUCAGAAAAUGUUGCUAGAAUGGCAUCACAUCUCAAACAGUUGGAGAAAAAAAGGGAUGAAUUACAAAGACAAUGUACAGCCAUUGAGACUAUGAAUAGGCAAAGUGAAGUAAAUCGAUUAAUCGAUAAAAACAAAGAACUGAAACAAGAUGUUUUUGUAUUAAAAAAUCUAACUUAUAGGUUGAAUAGAGAAUUGGAAAAAUGUCAAGAUAAACUGUUAUCAAAAGAUCAAUUUCCAGAAUCUGGGGGUUACAUGCGAGUACAAGAUUCCAAAAAUAUAAGCUGGCGCAGGGAAGAUAUUAAUGCAGUGUCACCGUUGUUAGAAGCAUACCAAACAUCUUUAGAAGAGAAAGAUGUUACCAUUGAAAGCUACAAAAAUGAACUUGCUCGAUUUUCUUCUAGAAGUAGAGAAAUUGCUGCUGAAAAUGAAAAUCUUUAUCAACAACUUGAAGAAGCAAAUGAAAAAGUCGAAGUUACAUAUGGAGAAUGGAAAUCUGUGGAGUCCGAAGUAGCAAUGCUAAAAGAACAUAAUGAGUUAUUGGUCAGGCAAGCCAAAUUACAUCAAGCGAAGUUACAAGAUUUACUUCGUUCAUACCAGUCAAGAGGUAAAGUUUGUUUUUAGUGUUAUAAUUUUUAAGUGUUGUACACCAAAUUUUUUUAUAUUUAAAACCAAUGACAAGUGAAGCUUAACUGCUUAAGUGAUCCAACUAAUGUAAGUAAGUUUACUAUUGAAAAUAAAAUAGGGUAAAUUCUCACACGUUGUGGGAUUCUGGACACUACAAUGUUUUGGUAGUUAAAUUAUAACUUUUGAUUAUAUAUUUGAUAAAAGUUAAAAACUGAUGUCCAUGUUAAUAUCUAUUAUAACUGCAUUAUAACUUGCAUAGAAAAUAAUAUUUUUUGAUAACAUAUUGUAAUCACCACAAGAUGGGAUGGAGAUGAAAUAUUCUAUUUUUGUAAUUUCAAAUUAACAAACUCAUAAUUGUAUCACAACCAACAAAUAAGACAUUUUUAAUGCGGUUUUUGGUAAUAACUUCAUAGGCGUAGCGUGGUGCAUUUAUAUAGGGGGCUAUAGCCUAUUACGUUUCUGCACACAUUUAUUCUUCAAAUGUAACAAAAAAAUGUAUAGGAUCGGAGCUAAACAAAAUCCCCCCUCCCCCCAAUUCUACUCUUAUGGAAAUCUGCUAUAAACUUACUUAAUUUUUCUAAAUUAUUACAAAUUUAUGUGGACUUAGGACAACAAAAUUUACAUUGAAGAAAUAUAUUAAUUUAAAAUUACUUUAAAUAAA